AUGCAGUUCUUCAAGAUCUUCAUUUGCAAUGUCUUGUGCCUCUCCCUGGCACUAGCGGGCGUCAUUGUCGACGGUAGUACCCGGAGUAUCACCAGUGAUACCGAGGACCAGGAACUCAAGAGAACCGUCCCUGAGCCAGCCAUUACCAUCACAGACAGCGACGAAAUGCUGAUGCUCAACUCAAUGAACGCUGGAAGGGCUACUUUCGAAAGAUUGCUUGUCGAAACCGAAGAAAGGCAAGAUGGCAUCUCAAACUCGCGACGUGAUGUUGAAUCACGAACGACGGACGUCGAGAUCCGUGAACUUGCCCUCAAUCUCACCGAAAGGGCAGAUCUUGUAGCCAUAAGUGACUCAUUUGCCUGCUGCGUCACCUGCGUGUGGGCGUGUAAAGUCGCCAUCGAGAGCAUGCGCCUUACCCAAGCAAAACAGUUCCACAAGUGA